UGGAAUUCCAAACUUUUCUGAACCAGAUUCCUCCAUUUACACGAUAUUAUAUGGGCUUGAUAAUAAUCACAGGGCUACUUGCGACAUUCCAGAUUGUGAGCCCAUAUUCCUUGACAAUGGAUUUUGCUGAGUUCUUGACGAAGUUCCAAAUCUGGAGACUUUUCACUUGCUUCGCAUUUGUCGGAGGAGUAUCAAUGAACCUCCUAAUGAUGCUUCUUUUGAUCCAUUUUGGAAUUGGAUCAUUAGAAAAAGAGUUUGGGAACAAUAUUUACGACUUUUAUUACCUUGUGUGCUUUACUAUGAUCAGCCAUCUCGUGUCCGGACUCUUGCUUGGUAUUUACCCCAUGAUGGCAGAACAAUUCUGAUAUACCUUUCUGUAUAUUUAUUGUAAAAGGCAGCCUGAUAAUACUAUGAGCUUCUUUGGAUUCCAAAUCCAGUCAAAGAAUUUCCCUUGGGUGAUCAUGGUGGUUCACAUACUAUUCGGAGUUGAUUACUUAAAAUUUAUAGCAGGAUAUGGAUCAGGACAUCUGUAUGAAUUCUUGACAACAACUUUACCACAAGAGAAAGGAAUAAAGAUUCUUGAUACCCCAAGGUGGUUUAAAGGAGCUGUAAGUUGGGUAUCAGAAAAUAUUUUCUCAAAUAAUAAACCUCCUCAGCAAUUUCAGUCAAACAAUAUGAGAAAUCUGAGAGAUUUGAGGUCGGAUAAUCAAAAUCAGCAGGCCAAUAAUGCAAGUUCUAGUGGUUUCGCUGCCUUUAGAGGAAAAGGAGUAAGAUUGGGAGGCGAAUAAAGUAUUUAUCAGUGAAUAUCCAAUACGUGUUUAA